AUGCACGCCACCAUUAUAAAACAUCGCACUCACCACCAGGAUCAACGUUCAUCACACUCAUCACCAUCACCAAUCCUCGUCAACCUCACCACCAGGAUCAUCAACUCUCGUCAACCACACCACCAGUAUCACCAACCCUCGUCAACCUCACCACUAGGAUCACAAACCCUCUCAACCUCACUACCAGGAUCACCACCAGUAUCACCAACCCUCGUCAACCUCACCACCAGGAUCACCAACCCUCGUCAACCUCACCAUCAGUAUCACCAACCCUCGUCAACCUCACCACCAGAAUCACGAACCCUCGUCAACCUCACCACCAGGAUCACGAACCCUCGUCAACCUCAACGCCAGUAUCACCAACCCUCGUCAACCUCACCACCAGGAUCAACGUUCAUCACACUCAUCACCAUCACCAACCCUCGUCAACCCCACCACCAGUAUCACCAACCCUCGUCAACCUCACCACCAGGAUCACCAACCCUCGUCAACCUCACCACCAGAAUCACCAACCCUCGUCAACCUCACCACCAGGAUCACGAACCCUCGUCAACCUCACCACCAGAAUCACCAACCCUCGUCAACCUCACCUCCAGGAUCACCAACCCUCGUCAACCUCACCACCAGUAUCACCAACUCUCGUCAACCUCACCACCAGGAUCACCAACCCUCGUCAACCUCACCACCAGGAUCACCAACCCUCGUCAUCCUCACCACCAGGAUCAACGUUCAUCACACUCAUCACCAUCACCAACCCUCGUCAACCCCACCACCAGUAUCACCAACCCUCGUCAACCCCACCACCAGUAUCACCAACCCUCGCCAACCUCACCACCAGGAUCACCAACCCUCGUCAACCCCACCACCAGUAUCACCAACCCUCGUCAACCUCACCACCAGUAUCACCAACUCUCGUCAACCUCACCACCAGUAUCACCAACUCUCGUCAACCUCACCACCAGGAUCACCAACCCUCGUCAACCUCACCACCAGGAUCACCAACCCUCGUCAACCUCACCACCAGUAUCACCAACUCUCGUCAACCUCACCACCAGUAUCACCAACUCUCGUCAACCUCACCUCCAGGAUCACCAACCCUCGUCAACCUCACCACCAGGAUCACCAACCCUCGUCAACCUCACCACCAGGAUCACCAACCGUUGUCAUCCUCACCACCAGGAUCAACGUUCAUCACACUCAUCACCAUCACCAACCCUCGUCAACCCCACCACCAGUAUCACCAACCCUCGUCAACCUCACCACCAGUAUCACCAACUCUCGUCAACCUCACCACCAGGAUCACCAACCCUCGUCAACCUCAACACCAGGAUCACCAACCCUCGUCAACCCCACCACCAGUAUCACCAACCCUCGUCAACCUCACCACCAGUAUCACAAACUCUCGUCAACCUCACCACCAAUAUCACCAACUCUCGUCAACCUCACCACCAGGAUCACCAACCCUCGUCAACCUCACCACCAGAAUCACCAACCCUCGUCAACCUCACCACCAGGAUCACCAACCCUCGUAAAUAUCAUCACAAAUAUCACGAACCCUCGUCAACAUCACCACCAGGAUCACAAACCCUCUCAACCUCACUACCAGGAUCACCACCAGUAUCACCAACCCUCGUCAACCUCACCACCAGGAUCAACGUCCACCACAAUCAUCACCAUCACCAACCCUCGUCAACCUCACCACCAGGAUCACCAACCCUCGCCAACCUCUCCACCAGAAUCACCAACCCUCGUCAUCCUCACCACCAGGUCAAUGUUCCAUAUUUACUUUAA